CGCCCCGGAGCCUGCGCAUGAGCACCGCAUCGCGCCUCCCGCCCUUCCCUCUCCCUCCUCCUCCUCCCCCUCCGCUCCCUUCUCCUUCUGCUCCAGCUCCGCGAGGGCCCGGCCGCUGCUCCGCGCCUCGCCCCGCCCCGGGGAUGCGCUGCUCGGCGGCCGCUCGUAGGAACUGCGCGGCGGGCGGGGAGCGGGAUGGAGGUGGAGGAGGCGUUCCCGCUGGUGGGGCAGAUGGGCCCUUACCAGGUGUACCUGUGUGUCCUGCUGGCCGUGCUCCUCCAGCUUUAUGUGGCCACUGAAGCCAUCCUCAUCGCAUUGGUGGGUGCAACUCCUCCCUACCACUGGGAUCUCCAAGGGCUCUCAGCUAAUCAGAGCCAUGGCAACCAUUCAGAGAGCGAGCAGAGAGCUUUUGGGGAAUGGCUUCUGACUGCCAAUGGCAGUGAGGUGCGUAAGCACGUACACUUCGGCAACAGCUUCACAUCCAUAGUCUCUGAGUGGUUUUUAAUUGGCAAUGCAUCGUACAAAGUCAGUGCUGCCAGUUCUUUCUACUUCAGUGGUGUGUUUGUUGGAGCCAUCUCCUUUGGCCAGCUGUCUGAUCGCUUUGGGAGGAAGAAAGUCUAUCUCACAGGUUUUGCUCUUGACAUUGUGUUUGCCAUUGCAAACGGAUUCUCACCCUCGUAUGAAUUCUUUGCUGUUUCCAGAUUCUUGGUAGGGAUGAUGAAUGGUGGCAUGUCACUGGUAGCCUUUGUUCUACUGAAUGAGUGUGUGGGUACAGCCUACUGGGCAUUAGCAGGUUCUAUUGGUGGCUUGUUCUUUGCUGUUGGAAUUGCCCAAUAUGCUUUAUUAGGGUAUUUCAUUCGUUCAUGGAGGACUCUGGCUGUUGUGGUUAAUCUGGAAGGAACAGUCGUCUUUCUCCUCUCUCUAUUCAUUCCUGAGUCCCCACGCUGGCUCUAUUCCCAGGGCCGUCUGAACGAGGCAGAAGAUGCCCUCUACCUCAUUGCAAAGAGGAACCGCAAGCAGAAAUGCACUUUUUCAUUAAAACUCCCAGCAGAGAGGAGCUCCAGAGAGGCUGGCAGCUUUCUGGACCUGUUCCGAUACAGGAUUCUCCUGGGACGCACCUUGAUCAUGAUGUUCACCUGGUUUGUGUGCAGCUUGGUUUACUAUGGUCUCACCCUUAAUGUGGGUGACUUAGGUGGAAGCAUUUAUGCCAAUUUAGCCCUGUCAGGCUUGAUAGAAAUCCCAGCGUACCCAAUCUGUAUUUACUUGAUUAACCAGAAAUGGUUUGGUCGGAAGCGAACGUUGAGUGCAUUUCUGUUCCUGGGAGGAUUGGCUUGUCUUAUUGUCAUGUUUCUGCCUAAGAAGAGAGAUACUGGAGUGUUUGCAGUGGUGAAUAGUCGCUCUCUGUCUUUGCUGGGAAAACUGACAAUCAGUGCUGCUUUUAACAUUGUCUACAUCUACACAUCAGAACUUUAUCCCACAGUCAUCAGGAAUGUUGGAAUGGGUGCCUGCUCCAUGUUUUCCCGUGUUGGUGGAAUCAUUGCGCCUUUUGUCCCUUCAUUGAAAUCUGUGCAGUGGUCUCUGCCUUACAUUGUGUUUGGAGCAACUGGUCUGUUGUCUGGGCUCUUAAGCUUAUUGUUGCCAGAGACCCUAAACAGCCCUUUGCUAGAAACUAUUUCAGACCUGCAGGUGUGCUCCUACUGGAGGCUGGGUGAUGAAGCCAUGUCACUGCAAGCCCUAGAUGGCUCACAGUCUGGAGACAAAGACAGCUCUACAGGGAGUGGAAGUGAAGAUGAGGAGUUCUAUGAUGCUGAUGAAGAGACUCAUAUGAUCAAGCAAUGAAAAGAAGACAUGCUGGCCUAUUUUAUGCCUCUUCUUGCCCAGUCAGUCCAGCUGUAUGACAAGUACUGGGGACCUUGCUUGCCAGGCAGGGUUGGGCAAUUGGGCAAGUGCCUGUGUUUUUCUUUACUAGGAGAGGGAUUUGAGUACUGUUCAGUCUGAUGACAUCACUGAUGCUCUCCAUAUGAGGCAGCCAUUCCAAUUCUUGUGGUUCAGAAUGACAGUGCAUGGACUGCAUUUGAAGCCAGGUGAGACAGCAAGAGUGGGAUGAUUUAUUUCAAAAGCCCAGGAAAUAACCUAGACUUAGACAGAUCAUCAGUGCACAUGUGUUAGUAUUUUAUUUUCAAGGUGAUGGAUUUUGUUUCAGUACAAAUUGGUAAACUUGGAAACAACCACUCUAUUUUUCCAUAAGGGUGAAAGUGCUGUGUGCCACUGCAAUGGGAACAAAUUGCUGAAAUUGUUUGUUAAAAUGACUUUUGCAUAUUCAGUAGAGAGGCAGCUGUGAACAAAAGGUUUCUCUGUGUGCACACCUGUGCAGAGUUACAGGUGCAGCUGGUUAGUCAUGAGCUGGGCUUUAACUUAGUGAUAAUGGAAGGCUGGGAGGAAGGACUACACAAAAGAGCAGCCACAAAGCCUGCAAACAUAAGGAACGUUACUGACUUUUUUCCUUCUUUUCAUACACGAAGCUUUUUCUUGGGCUGUCUUGUGCAUAUCUUUGCCACAUGUUCCCCACAUCUCAGCAUGGCUGUUUAUAGCUUUGCCUACUUUUACCUUGUCCUCACUUUGCCAUAACUAUUGAAGCUCAGCAACUUCUCUGUGGAGUGAUUCUGUGAUGGAUAUUUCCUGGGUGUGACAAAGGUGAGGUAUUUAUUACAUACUGUGUGUGUGGUGUGUUAGAAUGUAUAGCUUACGUUUGCUGACCUAUCUGGGUCUUUAUUUCUGGAAAAGGCUUAACUCUGAAGUGGUAAGAGGAACUGUGGGGUGCUAUUAUAUUUUGGGUAUUAUUGUCAGCUGCUAGUGUUUAUUUUAAAAUCUUGUGUGUAGCUAAGGCUUUUGUUCAAAAAGAAAGAAAAUCUCUCUGGAUCUUUUUGGUUACUUGAUGUUUUUUAAACAGUGCUUGCUCAAGUACUUGGUUAUUUGACCUUGUUAUAGAAAACAACUUCCCUUUCCUGUUUUCACUGUACUUUCUUGUAAGUCCUUCAUUAGAGGGAUAUGGAAUCCUGUAGUAGGAAAGAUGAAUAUGUGAAAUGUUCCAGCUACAAAAAUGAGGCCUUACAAAGAUUCCGUUUUCUUGAUGACAUUGUUAUCUUCAUCCUCUAGCCUGUGUCUUUCUCUUUGUUCAGAUUGGUUUCCAUAAAACGUUAGUCUUCCUACUUUUGAAUUCCUAGCCGAGUGCCACACAAUGGCAGCAAAUAUAUUUUCAGGCUCAUGAGCGCUUUUUGCAUAUCUUAGAAUUAAAAAAGUUGAGUCCAAAAAUAUCAAAAAGCUGUCUGCUGAAUAUUUCCUGAUUAAACUGGGAUGUUCCUUUACUCUGCAAGGAAGUGCAAGUAAACAGCAUCUGAAGUUUGCAGCUAGCUGCUUGAACUUUGUUCACUGGGCACUGUAAUGCUGAGCAAAGUGCAACUGCCCUGGUUUGUGCAGAGGGCAGCCCAGAGCCUGCACUUUCACACAUGCAGCAUUCCACUUGGGUCUGAACUUGAUCCAGGUAUUGACUGUGAGCAAAGUUGGGAACUUUAGUCCCUAUGGACUAUCUAUAUCUAUCAAUAUUGUUGUGAUUUUUGCCUGUGUUGUGAGGGUCACUGGAAGAAUUCUCACUCAUGGUCUUCACUCCUUUUUUUCCACCAGACUAUUGAGUAGAUGUUCUACACGUGGCACUUUUUAACCCAACUGGGUGGUCUUUCUGCCUUAUUUGGCCCUUUUGUGUAUAAGAAAAUUUAACCAAAUAAGGUACUCAGAAAUAGUUAGAAAAGCUGAAUCAAUUCAAAUAUUUUUAAAUUUUUUACUCACACUUUAAUUUACAGACAGCUGGGAGAAUGACUUUUUAUUGCCGGUGGCAAACAUCAGUAAGCCUGGCAGUAUUAACAUGUUGCCAAGAGCCAACAGGCUCUUUUAGGUAUUUUUUGCCUCUGUCCUUCUUUGGGUGUUGGGUAGAAUAAGUCAUGAACUGUCAUUAUCUGCUCCUGGCAACCCUGUGUAAUGCCACAAGACCCUCAGUAGAAUUUUCAUUAACAGUAGGAUGCUGUAAUGGUUCAGGUGGAGAAGAUUACUCUUUGCAGGAGCUGAGCUAGAUUUUGUGAGUCUUCAACUAAAAAUUAAAUUUACCUCACCACUCAGGCACUUUUACAUCAUUGCUAUAUAUAUGUGAAAUUGUAAAAACAAGAGUGAAGACAAAAUUAGCAGGGUUUUUUUUUGUAUCGGAAUUGCUGCUCCUUUUUUAACCUUAAAUCUGUCUCAUGUUUUCACCUUUGGAAUUUUAAAGGGAAUAUUUAAAAAGGAAUUUUAAAUCUUCUAUUGUUACUUUCCCAUAAGUUAAUUCAGAAAGUUUAGAGGAGAGAAUCCCUGCAGGAGGAGCUCAGCAAUGUAGUAUCAGACUUUGCUUUCCAGCUUUGUGUUCUGAAAUUCAAAUCGAUUAGGUGCAUUAAGUUUCUUUCCUGAGGCUGUUCAUUUUUUAGUAUGAACUGGCCUUCUGGUACAGAAACCUCUAAGAUCACUUUUCUUCUUCCCCAUGCUAUGUAAUGCUUUACAAUAUUGAGAUAGUUGUAUCUCAGUGUCUGGGUAGUAAGUUUGCCAUGAGGAGUUCCUGGAAAGCAGAGGAUGGAUGAUGCAGCACUAGAUACAUCAGUUUACUGCAUGUUGUAGAGCUAUGAGUCUGAGACCAGGAUCCUUGCUAGAGUUUAGUGCAGUAUGAUAAUCUUCUGCCAUGUUUUUUGCUGGAGUAGCCAGUACUGUUAGCUGUUUUCAUGUUAUGCAGGCACUAAGGUACCACUUUUCCCAAGAUGGAAUUUCUUCUCUGGAUUCCUUUGGCUGUGAUAUUCUUAUAUUUUUUAUUUUCCAGGUAGCUCACUUAGUGGGAUUAUGCUAGAGAGGAGAGAGCCUUUCCCAUGGUGCUGAAUAGUCAGGUCUCAGCAGAAUCCCAAACACAUGGGGAGCUCACAAGAGAUAAGUGGAUACAGCUAAGAGUGAAGGAGAGUGACAGGUCAUGUGAGGCAGCAUGGAGGAGAAUGAGCUGGAAGAAGUAAAAAAAAAAAUAAAUGGAGGAUUCAAGUGAAACACUCUAGGGUGAGGGUAAGUGAAAACACAAAAUAGCAGCUGUCAGAUAGAAAUACCCUUCUUUCUCCUUGUCUUGACUUGAAGCUUCUGCUUUCAGAGCUAGUAUUGGUUCCAGGAUGUCAUAUUGGGGAUAUCAGUUUCAUAAUUUCCUUUUUAAUAUCUGUUGUGUUCAGCACUGCCUCUUCUGUGAUGAAACGUUACUUUGGAUCAAAAUAAAAUGUGGCCUGCCUCUUUUAUUUUGGACUCAGCUUCUUUAUGAAAUGGCAUUGCACCAAAAUAAUUAAAAUUGGAAAGCCCUGUUUUGGAGAUUGUUGUAUAACUGGUCAUUAUGGCUUAAUUUGCCAGUUUUCCUUUAGGACAGGAAUGUUGGAAUUAUUUGUUCUGUUUAUCAUACAACCACUUGUGAAAUUAUACUUCAGCCUUCUAAAAGGAUUUUACUACCUGGCUUCUUUUGGUAGGCUGAAGAUAAUACAAUACAAGAGUGAUUUGACAAGUUUAUUUUUUAAAAUUUCUCCUGAAAACAAAGCUAGUGCUCUCUAUUUAGGAAUUGGGAAGGUGCUGUUCAGAGACCCCCUGACAUACCAAAAACUUGAAGUUUUGCUCUGUGUUAUGAAUGCUCUGUGUUAAAAAUGAAUGAAAAAAAUAACACAAAGCUCUGUGUUAAAGGAGAGCCAGAGAUGACUCUGUUCAGGUCAGGAUGCUGAGUGAAGAGCCUCUCCAGAGACACCUAACUAACGUGGAGCAGGUUGUAGCUUGUUUCCACCGUAGUUACCGUCAAGGCUUUAAGGAUGGGAGCCACAUGCUCAUCAGCUCAAAGUGUGCAGUCUGUGCCAGCAUUUCCAAACUCUGUGGAUGUUCUGAUGUUAGUAGGAUAUCAUUUACAGAACCAUGGGGAAUACAGUUGAGCCAUGCAUUUUACAGUGUAUUUCACCGCAGCAUGUAAAAGCAGUUUGCAAGUGAAUGUUUUUCUUGUACUGAGGAAAAGGGGAAAGUGAAGAAUUUUUCUGGAGUGUGUUAAAGGGAACAUUUGAGCUCAAACUCUUGUUCCUGAAUUGGGUUAGUAGUAUUUUGUUUUAUUUAUCCCUUUUCCCACCCUGUGAGAGCUUACUGGUCAUGCUCUUUGACACAGCUGAAUCUGUGACUGUGAGCCUUGCAGUAAAGAUGUCAAAAAAGCCCAAGAGCAGUGCUGUCAUUUGAUGGUACAAGUUAGUCUGGCCUGACACAAUGCUUGUUUCAGAAAUGUCUAUAUUCAGCUUUUAAAAAACAGGAGACUUAGGGUAUAGCUGUAUUUUGAGUCUCAUUCAUUGUAUCUUACUGCAAGAUACGUGGUAGAAAGACACCUAGGUAAGAGCACCUCUCUGGCAGAUCUAAAUGUAGAAUUGGAGAGUGAACAAAUUUAUACCUGAUUUUUCCAUGCUAUGAAUGCUAAUUUUUAAUUUUAUUUUAAUUUAAUUUUAAUUUAAUAUUUAAUGUCUAUUGUAGCCUUCAGAUUUUCCAGGUGCUAAUGUUAUUUAAGGCUAGUGUAGAGCUGGGUAAAACUUCUACACAGAUAGUCUGAAUUUCCUGAACUUUCUCAUCUUAAUUUUGGUACUGCUCUCUGUUUCUGUCAUUCUGAAAAAUGCUCUUGUAUUGCCUAAUAGGGAACAGGGAAUUUUUUAUUUAAUUUGAAGUGCCUGUUUUAUAAAAGGAGUCUUUAAUUUCCUCAGUCAGUUUUAUAUGGGACUAUGUGUAAAGUAGCAUCACAGAAUUGGAUUAUAUAAGUGCCAAAGACAGUUUUUGCUGGAAAGCAAUAGUCCAAAACUAGUUCUAGCUGCCUUCAUUUAGAAUUUAUCCAUGCAGAACUGGUAUUUACAAGCAUCCCUGAAACUAUAGGGACAGAGGGUUACCUUUGUUUGCUUGUCUUUCAUUGCUCAGUUCACUUAAGUAGCUUUUGUUUCUGAGAAACCAAAGAAAUUAAAUGAAGGAUUACAGUGCUGGUUUUGUAGAACAUUGAGCAUUUAUGCCAUCUAGCCAUUAUGGAAAAAUCUGUAGAACCUGUUUCAUUCUGAGUUGCAAAUGUCAAAGUUUAGGAGUGAUAAAACCUGGUAAAAAACUGCACACUGGAAUUUUUUAGUUCAUUCAUCAAUCUUACAAAUUAGCAUUGGUGGUAAACAGUUUGCAUGGAGCUUCUUGGGGUCUUGCAGAUUUUUAUAAAAUGCACACUUUGAGAUUUUGCAAAAUAACAAUGUAUGGAAUUUAAAUCCCUAUUGCAACUAAUAUUCACUGCAAGUCAGCUUUGUCAUGGCUGCAUGUUUGUCAGCAAAAAAGCAGGUGGGUAAAACUUGGUGCUGCAAGGGCUGAUUAGGCCCAGAAGAAAGAUUACUUCUUUCAAGCCAUUCUCUGCUAUGUGUACCGAAUAAAGGGGGACCAUGGGGUGUAUACAGCAAGAUUGUAGGAUGGAGUAUGUUUAAAUACUUCUCUGUCCUCAUUCACUAAAGGUUUCUAGAGGAAAUCUGUCUUUAUCGUGCAUGUUACUGCUUCCCACCAACACAUCUGAGGUGCUCACAUAUAUACCUGGCAGGAGCCAGGCAAAAAGUAUGGUGGUAAGAAAAUCUUUGCCAGCAUUGAAAGUUGUAUUUACUUAAAAAUAUCCUGGGACAGAUGUCUGAUACAUCUGUUUUCAAACAAAAUGUUUUUAAAUUUUGGGAGCCUAGUUGGGAGACAGGCAUUUCUGAUGUUAGUCUGUAGGAAAAAUCAGUUUUGCAGAUACUGAUGAAAAUUGCAUUAGAGCAAACAGCUGCUAGGUGAUUUGUGAUGAGAGUUGUGUAUGCUUUGAUUUCAAAUAUGCCUCUAAAAUACUGGUUUCUAGUACUUUUACUCCUCAAAAUGCAACCCAAAUUUUAUUAUUUUCUUGUUAAAAUUUGCAUAAUGUGGAAAUAGGAAUUACAUUUUUCAUAUGGAUACUUUUAUUGUAUUACAUUUGCUUUCUGAAUCAAAUAGUAUUUUGAUUUUUUUAAACUACCUCUUUUAUGUUGAGCUCUUUUUUUUUGGUCACUUUUGUAUUUAAUUGAUUUGGGGAAACUACAAAAUAUUUCCUUUUUUAAUUUGUGUGGGAAUCCAUGACUUAAAGUCCUCAAGUCAUCCUUUUCUAAAGGUUUUAUCAAAGGCCUUUUAAAUUUAGUUAAAAGAUUAAGAACUUUCAAGAAACAUCAUAAUUACAGUUAGAACAUGGCUUUUCUGUAUAUAUUGUUUGCCUUGAAAAGGGACAGAAAGCUCUUAAUUUUAUACAAAUGUCAACUGAAGGUGUGACUUUUCAGGGGCAGUAAGUUUUGAGUCAGGGCUUUAAUCAGUUUCAUUUAUUGCCAGUUAGAGUUUUUUGUUACUGCUUUGGUAUUGGAAUUAAAAAUGAAACCACUUAAGGAAAAUACUGCUGCUUUUCUCCAGACACUGGUCUUCCUUCUCUUUCCUCAUGCCAUCUUUCGGUUCCCUGGCUACUUGUCAUGCUCAGUCCCUUCAGCAAGGCAACAGGCAGCACAGGAGACUGGGAUCAGUCUGUUGUGCUUCUGUUUAUUCACUGCUCUUUGUUUCUUGUUCUGCUGCUCUCUUGUGGGUUCCAUCACCAGCCACAGUCCCUUUUGGAGUUGUAGCUCCUUUUGAGUCGACUCUCAGCCUCUGCUCAGGAUGAUUUUCCUUUGGUGUUUCUCCUGCUCAGCUGUCUCUCAGUUUCUCUUGUGCUGGCGUGGGCUUUCCUUUUUCCUCAUCCUGUUGUAGCACUGUGAUCUCUUUUUCUUGGCAUUUCCAGCCCUGUCUUAGGUCAAGUAACUGAAACUCCUAAGGACAUAAACAGGCAUUUAUAGCCAAGCUCUGUGUCUCUCUGCAUUCACAUCCUUGCUGAUUUAAGAAGACAGAACUUAGACCUCCUCUUGACCAGAGGACCAGCCAAAGGGAUAAACUAUUUUUUUUUUGCUGCUCCACCUUUCAUCAUCAUGAAAACAAAUCUUUGUGUAGUCUCUGUAUCCUGUAGACUUCUGCAUUGUUUUCCCAUUCCUGUUUAAUUUGAACUAACAAUCAAAAGUCCUUGCCAGCUGAGAGCUGAGGAACAGGAAACUGGUAACAGGGGCAGGGGGAGCAGAGUCAGUUCAAAAAUGAAGUUGUAUAUAGUUGAUGUGUGUACUGUUCAAUAUUUAAUUUGGAUUAAUGGAGUACUGAGUGUUAUGAGCCUUCCCAUGUUAAAUUGAGGACUGAUAUAUUUCAGAAGUAUUUUCUCUUCUUUGACUGUAUUAGUGUGCUGUUGUUAACUCAGAUCUGUACUGCUGGAAAGUCUGUUUGUAGAAUACUUCAUCUGAGAAGUCACAACUGAAAACAGCAUAAGCUUUUCCACAGUAGACCUUUUAUGGUGAUAUAUUCAUAUGUUCUGUGAACAGCUGUUGGAUCCAUCUUUUUAAGAUGUUUUUUGCCAUAGGUGAGGGACCAUAACAAAUGUUAAAAUAUUCAGAAUAAUUGCACUUACCUAUUCUGUUUUCUUAAUGUAUUUCCUAUGCAUACUGCCUUACCUGUAUGUAUUGUACUUCACUGGAGGUACGAAAAGUAAAUAUCAGGUUCUUAAUUUACAAUAUGUUAAAGAGUUUUUAAAAAAUUCUGUAAUAUUAAAUAUUUUCCAGUUAUCUGUCUACUAAGAGGGGGUGAUGAUGGGUAAGCCCAAGUGAAUUUAGUCAAAAGUUAAUGUUAGUGGUCUUCACUUUCUCUUUUAAUCUGUGAAUUAUUUCAGUAAUUUUAAAUACAUCUUUUUUUUAAAGAAUUUUAUAGAGGCUAACCUAUGUUAGUAAGUCAACUUUUAGGUGAUUUGUAACAGCUCUGAUACUGCCUCUCUGACUCGUACAGUUCAUCCAAUGUCUUUGUAACUUAUUUUGUGCCUUUUCUUCCCUUGACACAAAAUGUCUCAAUAAAAACAAGUUCUUUUGCAACACCACAAACCUA